AUGUACACCGUACAGAAACCUGUUCUAAGACAAAUAAAUACUUUCUAUUCUAUUCUGAAUGCUAAAAAAAUCUGUUGUUAUUUGCUCCAGGAAUUAGGCAACUACAUCUGCCCGAUAUGCAAGACAAUAAUAUCGUCCGUCGAUUCCUUCACAGCGCACUACAAGAGGCAUUUAAGAAGAUACGAAUGCAGUAUAUGCAAUAAGCGCACGAUGGAUCUGAAAGUAAUGCAGCAGCAUUACUACACGACGCACGAGAUAUCGCUCAAGGAAUACAAGUGUGACCUCUGUGGUAAGAUCUCAAACUCAAUAGACGCGCACCGGUAUCAUAAGGACACGCACAAGGCCCGGGUUCAGUGCCCGGAGUGUGACAAGACAUUCACGCACAGGGCCGGCCUGCUCAACCAUCGGUUAUCGGUGCACGAGCUGAGCAAUAAGUUCCCUUGUAAUCUGUGCGACAAAGUCUUCCGAUGGAAGAACAGUCUGAAACGACAUCUGGAGAAACACCAGGAUAAAGUGCAGACCGACGUAGCUCGUUGUACCACCUGUGGCAUCGGUUUCUCAUCGCUGAGCUCGUAUCAGCGCCAUCUCAAGAACAGUCUCAAGCACGUCACGCAUGACCAACUCAAAUUCAUCUGUGACCACUGCAGCCGCCGGUUCGCCGACAAGACAAAAUUGAGGGAUCACAUUGAAGAGAAACACCUGCAAAAAACGUAUUCCUGCCACAUCUGCCUUAAGUAUUGUAUUGUUAUAUCUCAGACUAAAAUGCAACUCGACUCGCACAUACGAACGCACACGGGCGAACGACCGUUCAUCUGCGAGUAUUGCCCGACCACCUUCUCACAGCAGUCCAACCUCUACAAGCAUAACCGACAGGUGCAUUUAAACAUCAAAUCCAAGAGAUACCCAAUCUGCAAGAAGCGGAAAGAGGAGAAGCCUCCAGAAGUGAUAUUGGAGCCGCCUAACAUGGACGCGUAUCGACCGGUCGCCAUCUUGCAAUACUCGCCUAGCGCUUUGUGUACUACUAUUCAGUAUUAAUCAUGGUUAUGGUAUACAGGGUGUCCCUAAAAGUAGUGUCAAGCCGAAGCCCAGAGAUAGAGCAUCAUUAGGGCUAUCC